UUGACUUCAUUUUCUAUUAUAACUGUUAUAUUUGAAAUUUUUUGUGAAGUGUUUUGGAUGGAGUGCAUAUUUUGCAAAAUUUGAAUAGGUCAUUUUCUGUCUUUCAUUUCUUUGAGAUCUAAAUUGGAAUGGACAAUUUUGAAAGGGCAAAGAAGCUACAUGAAGAGGCAGGAGUUCCUCCUGGUGGUAUAAAACGCUGCUGUUGCAACUGCAGAAGAAAACUGGAUCCCUACCAGCUUUUCGAUGACAACGUGGAGGACAUAGCCAAGAGCCUGGCUCAGAUAAUGCUGAUUUGCGGCCUUAGUACAAGCAAAUCCAGUGCUGCAAAGUCUAUAAUCAAGAGGGCCUUUGUUUACCAUGAGCGACUGCGCACAACCUGUCCACCGGCUCCAGCUCCAGGGACUCGAUUGCAUCGCGAGGAUUUGCUGCAGGCUCUGCGCCUAAAGUGUGAAAUGGAACCUGUGGAGGCGAUGCUCACCUAUUCGAUCAUCAAGAGGGCCUUCAAGGCCUUCUAUCAUGGCAAGCCACAGGUGAGCAUUAGUAAUCCCAUAGUGGAUGCCAUGGCGGUGCACACCCAGCAAGCUGCUUGGAUGCAUGCUGCCCACAAGACCUCGAGAAUCUUCGACAACUACAAGGCGGCCUUCUUCUGGGCCCACAAACACUACGAGCGGCAGAUCAAUCUGGUGUACGCUUCGCUCUACCAGCGGAUGACCACCAGAUCGGAUCCGCUCCUGGUGCCGGGAUGCCCCUGCAAGGGCUGCUCCAAGCAGGAGGUUCCCGGUCAUCCCAAGGCUGGCCAGAGGCCCAUGAAGAAGAUCAAGCUCUCGGAGGAUGCCAAUCUACCGGAACCCUGCAUCCUUUGUGGCCUGCAAGUGCCGCGAAUGGAGAAGGGUGCUGAUGUGAAGAUCAGGAGGAAGCCACCGCGACCCAUAGUCAACCAUGAGGUCAACCUGCCCAGAUGCCAGCAGUGCAACUCUCCCUUCCUGAUUUGUGAAUGCAAUAUCGAUCAGUUGACUGGCGAGCAAUUCGGGGAAUGUGGACAGGACUCUUACAAGGUCAAGUGGUAUCGUCUGGAGGAACCAGUGCCCAUUUCACAACCCAUAGCUAACCACAAAUCGAAUGGCGAAGGAGAGGAGGACACCAGUUUUGCGGAGGUGAUGGAACCUCCAGAGGACUGGGACAAUCACCACUGCCCCCUCGACUGCAAACACGACUCCUGCAGCGAGUCUUCAAAUGUGUGCCAUGCCACCUCGUCGUCCGGAUCUUCUUCGCACAGUGACUUUGCCAGCUGCAUGGACGGUGAAGGAGAGGAGGACGUGGUGGCCCAGCUGGAGGAGUACCUCAACAAACUGUGGGCCGAGGAGGUGGCUCAAAGGAAGAAUCCGUCUUAUGUGCCACGGGCCAUCGAACCUCCCGGUCCGAGGUGCACGAGGUGCAAGGACUAAUUGUACCACUUAUAUUACCUUUUUGUUUGGCUUCGACUCAUACAUAUUUAUCCGCUCAUGAUUUGGCUAAAUAAAUUAUUGAGCAGUGGAAAAAUUAGUUGCUAUCUUACAUUAAAGAUUAAAAAAAAGUACCCAAAA